UAGUAAAAGAACACGCCCAUUUUUCUUUCCGGGUUCUUUUGAGUCUCCGCCUUUCUCCUCCUGAGGGAGAUUUAAUUGUGUGAGCUCCAUUUUGUCAGCGGCAGGCCUCUGUAAUCUCGUCCUUCUCAUACAGUUCCUGGAAUCAUCUAAACAAGAAUGUCGUACCAGUAUCCUUCAGGCGGCUUCCCAGGAUAUCCAGGCUAUCCUGGAGGGGACCCAUCAUAUCCACCUGGAGUACAACAGGGUUUUCCUGGGGGACAGUUCCCCCCUGCUGGGGGACAGUUCCCCCCUGCUGCAGGAGGAGGUGCAUUCCCACCAGCAUCUGGUGGGGGUUUCCCACCUGCUCCUGGCGGAGGGUAUCCUCAGGCAGGAGGAUACCCAGCUCCUGGUGGCUAUCCUGGAGGCAUGCCAUCUUACCCUGGAGCACCAGGCUUUGGAGCACCUGCUGGUGGCCAAGGUUAUGGUGCCCCUCCUGGUGCACCUGCUUAUGGAGUCCCUGGGUAUGGCGGGCCUGGUUUUAAUGCUCCAGCUGGUGGAUAUGGGGCUCCUAAUGCAGGGGGUUUCGGGGUACCCCCAGCUGGUGGAUAUGGAGCACCUGGAGGUGCACCAGGCUAUGGUGGUUUUUCACAACCUUCAUCUCAGAGCUAUGGAGCAGGAGGGCCAGGACAAAUGCCAGGACAAAUGCCAGGACAAAUGCCAGGCCAAGCGCCAAGUGGAUAUCCAAGUGGCCCGGCACCUGCACAACCUACGCCUUAUGCAGCAGCGAUGACGGCCACUCAGGGCACAAUUAAAGCAGCACCUAACUUUGAUGCCCUAUCUGACGCUGAAAAACUAAGAAAAGCAAUGAAAGGAUUUGGAACCGACGAGCAAACCAUUAUUGACGUUGUUGCUAACCGUUCCAAUGACCAGAGACAAAAGAUCAAGGCCGCAUUCAAGACCGCUUAUGGCAAAGAUUUAAUAAAAGAUCUGAAGUCAGAAUUAAGUGGUAAUGUGGAAGAACUCAUUAUUGCUCUUUUUAUGCCUUCCACAUAUUAUGAUGCCUGGAGUUUAUAUAAUGCAAUGAAGGGAGCAGGAACACAAGAGCGAGUACUCAUUGAGAUUCUAUGCACAAGGACAAACAGUGAAAUCAGGAACAUCGUUGCCUGUUACAAACAAGAGUUUGGCAGAGAAAUUGAGAAGGACAUUCGAUCAGACACUUCUGGGCAUUUUGAAAGACUGCUGGUGUCCAUGUGCCAGGGGAACCGCGAUGAAAACCAAAAUGUUAACGCGCAGCAGGCCGAGCAGGAUGCCCAGCGCCUUUACCAAGCGGGGGAAGGGAAGCUUGGAACAGACGAGUCCUCCUUCAAUUUGGUGUUAGCAAGUCGAAGUUUCCCCCAGUUGAAAGCUGUGGCUGAAGCAUAUGCGAGGAUAUCCAAACGUGACCUGCUUAGUGUCAUUGGCAGAGAAUUUUCUGGAUAUAUAGAAGAUGGCCUGAAAGCAGUUUUGCAGUGCGCUAUCAACCGUCCUGUUUUCUUUGCUGAUAGACUUUGCCGCUCUAUGAAGGGAGCCGGCACUGAUGAUUCCACCCUGAUAAGGAUUAUUGUCACCAGAAGCGAGAUUGAUCUUGUGCAGAUCAAACAGGCUUAUGUACAGAUGUACCAGAAAUCUCUUUCUGCAGCAAUCUCGAGCGAUACCUCCGGGGACUACAAGCGCAUGCUGUUAGCAAUUUCUGGCCACUAGGAUCUAUCCUGUGAAUGAAAUAUAUGUCAGAUAAAUACUAUAUGUCCAUAUCUAUAUAUAGAUGCAAAUGAUAUACUGCACUCUUCUAGGAAAUGAUCAUGUCAUUUAUACCAUAAACGUAAUGUUUGUCUGUUACAGAUUUUGUGCAUAUUUUUACACACAUGCCGUAUAUAUAAAUAUAAACUAUAGAACUGCGUUUUCACUUCAACCAAAAAUGUCGGCAUAAUAUACACCCAGUGCCUUUGUUACUCGACAAAUCUAAAUCGUGGAAGAAAAAAAAACCUGAUGUGACCAGUUCAGGAAGUUAAGGAAUUUCUUCCUCUUUGCAAUAAUUGCAUUUCAUGUUACAAUUUUGUUCAGUAAAAAAACCUCAAGCCUA